UCCUGCACAUACACAACACGGCGGCCACGCCCUCCGUACUGUCAAAGUGUCAAAAUUAUCUGCGGUGCGAAUCCCGAAUUCGGCAUGAAGGGCGGCGGUGCCGACAUCGAGCCGAAAAAGUGAUCGAGCUGGCAGCACGACCGCAGGUCUCUAAAACGGCUGUAAUGGCCCUCUCAAGGCCCCAAGGAUGAAAGGCAGCAGUUGUCUCUGCUGCCUCCGCCUCGCAAUUUACGCAAUUUAAUUGGCCACAGCGCGAAAUUAUUGCUAAUUAAGGACGUAUAUCACGAUGGCAUCACCGCAGCAAACCAAGAAAUACACCGCCAAGGAGACUAUUGAAAUCUACAUCGACUGGGCCAACCACUACCUGGAGAAGGUGCACUCGAAGCGCAGGAUCCAAGAUCUGCAGACGGACGUUUGUGAUGGCAUACUGCUCUGUGAUAUUGUUGAAGCUGUCACAAAUCGGAAAAUUGCUAAAGUCAACCGGAAACCGAAGAACCCAACUCAAAUGCUGGAGAAUGUUAUCUCGUGUCUGUCGCUGCUCGAGUCGAUCGGCGUGGCAAUCGAAGGAGUAACGGCCACCGACGUGUGCGAGGGUAACCUGAAGAGCAUCCUCGGAUUGUUUUUCUCGCUGUCCCGGUACAAGCAGAAGCAGAGACGCGAGCAGCAGCAGCAGCAGAAGCAACAAGCAGCAGACUCAGCACCAGCGCCUGUCACUUCCUCCAAUUCCAAGAUGCCAUCGCCGCAGAACAAAAAGAGGAGCUCGGGCAUCCCGACGCCCGCCAGCCUCAGAAACUCCAACACGUCCAUUCCAGGCAGAGUUGGCAGCAGACCUGAAAGCAUGACCUCCGUGAGCAACAACGGCUCAGUUACAUCUCUAAUUCCUUCGAUGAAACCUGCUGUCCACAAUGAAAAAGGACACCAGAAAAGCGGUCUCCGACCUCCGUCCAUUGUCGGCCUGGCCGGCCUCAACAAUAACAAUUCACCUGUUAGCAGCGAUUACCACCCCACUAAGAAAGCCAAUGCAAACACUACCAGAAGCUAUAAUAGUUCUUCCACAACCAACUCUCAAAGACUGAACAAACAAGGGAUUGUCGGCUCAAAACGUACAAGCUCUUCCAGCGGCUUCAGCUCUGCGCGCUCAGAGAGAAGCGAUUCCUCAACUAGCAUAUCAAGCAUUCCAGCAAUAUCUCCAGUUGUAGUUCUACAAAGCAGUCAAAUCCAGCAGCGAUCUAAAAUUUCCAAGUCGGGUGGUUCUCCGCGAACAGCGCACAAAACGCACAAGAAGGAGCCGGCCGUGGUGCAGCACAGUCCAGUUCCUCAGCAAAAGCAAUCUCCUCCUCAGCCGCAAACCAAAGAGUGCUCCGCCAUCCCGAAGCCCAUGGCCGCCAUCAAGGGCACCGCCAAGGCCAUGCCAGAGCCACUCAACUACAAACGCCCUGACCCCAAGAACGUGGCCAUGGUGUGCCCCAUGUCUGUGAUCGAAAGAGUUCCAGAGGCCCCGGCGCCGAAGGAGGCCCAGCCGCCCCAGAUGAGCGAGCCAAUCAAAAUGCAGGACGUCACUCCAACCCCUGAAAUUGUCCUCCAGCCACCGGACGAGGCUGAGGACGACUUGAUCACCCCUAUGAAACCACUUAGUCUCAUCAGGCCUAGAUAUUCUUUUGAACACCACAAGGGUUUUGUCAAUUUGAGACCUGGCAGGCGGAAUUUCCUCUUUCGCAAUAAUUUUGGCAUGGGAUCCCCUAAUAACUUGGGCAACGGUUAUCUGUCUGACGGAGACGCCCUGAACCUGGGAAACGAUUCGGACUACAAUGAUGGAUAUAUGUCUGAAGGAGCGCUCUAUUUGAAGAGGACGCUCAGAGACAGCGUGGGCGACGACUCGAGUUCUGUGUCAAGCGAAGUUUCCGACCCACCAUUGAAUGAUUUGAGUAAUGACUGCCGCCAAUCCGAGAUGAGUAAUGGAUAUGGGCAGUCGGUUUCUAAACAACAUUACCAACACCAACUUAAUAACCAACAGCAUGUGCCUGAUGUGCAAAAGCAUGGUAGUAGAGUCAAGCUGAAGUCGAGUAGCUCGCAGCAAACGGAUUCCUCCUCGUUCAGGCAUGGCAACCAAUGGAAAAAAUAUCCGCUGCCGAUGGACUCGCAAGGGAAAGUGAUGACUGAGAAGCCGGAGCUGAGGAGAGGAAAGUCCGACCUGUGCGAAGACUCGCUCAAGAAGAUCAACAAGUCGCCGAUUAUCGCGAAAUCUUCCAAGAGUCAAGAGAGGUCAUCCAGUAGAUCAGGCAAAGAGGAAAGAAGUCGGCGUAGUAGUUCACAGCAGACCGAGUCCGUUACAAACCAACAACCUGCCAUUGGCAGAAUGUCCCCGUACACAAAUACCAGAAUCUCAAGCGGCAACUACAUGUACAUGCCCAAGAAGAGCAGCAGCAGCAGCGGCAGCAGCGUCGGCUCCAACAGCAAAAACAACAAGCUCAACAAUGAUGAAGUCAUUGCUCAACAGGGUGCCCCAGUUUUGAAAAACAAUUCUAUGGCUGGAAGCGGCAGUCCUCGGACCAGACAGUCCAAAGUCAAAAUCAGCGGCGGCACGCAAACCAACAACAUUGAUACUCCUCCGUUGAAUGCAGGCGAUUACAACAAUUCUCCUAGCCGUAGAGGUUCCGCUAGUAGUUACAAAUCGUAUUCAUUAACUGUGCAAGGAGCAUCCAAAUUGUCUGCAAACAUUAGAGAACGCUUAAUGCUUGGAGCUGAAAACGCACACACGCUGCCGAAGCAGUCGAGCAUCGACAGCGCCACCGCCGAGAUGGGCAUGCAAAACCCUGGCCUGACGCAGUACAACUACCAGCAGCAGCAGCAGUCGCCCGCGGCGGCCAGGGUGGGCACCAAGGCGCCGCCCAGGUUCACGGACGGCUCGCUCAGCGACACGGCCUACUCGACCUACUCGGAGCUCACGGGCAACAGCACAAUCGCGAAUAAUAUUUACGGCAGCCGCGCCACAACCGAAGCCGGCAGCCCCUACUCCUGGCUCAGGCACAGCUCAACCUACAACGCCUCCAUCGCCAGGUGUAAUGCCAACUCUUUGACCGAUAGCACAGACUCUCUGUCGUCAUUGGGCUCGUCUCAGCACAGAGCGUCCCUCUCUCACGCCAGAGUUCUCUUCCAAAACAGAGAAAGCCCGCAGAAUUCGAGACUAAACCGCAGCAACAGCAUCAGAAUCCAAACACUAAUUGAUCCUAUCUUCUGCGAAUUUGAAAACCAAAGCCAUAUUAGGACAUUUCCAAGGUCGACAAAGUCGGAAAAACUGUAUCCGUCGAUGCUGCAACGCUCCGAGGAUAUUCUCCACGAUCCCUAUUACUACACUGUCCAGGGCAACGGCCAGGUCAAGGGUCCCGGCAUCCCUGGCAGUGCCGAAUCGCAACCCACUAGCCCAACCCAAGCUUCCAAUAGACAUUCCGGCCCUGGUAGACCCUCGACAAUUUCUCCAUACGCUGCUCCGAAGGCUGUCCCUGCGAAGAAUGACGAUGUCAACGGCUCUUCGCUUAGUCUAGUGUCGACAGCCUCCUCCCUCUACAGCACCGCGGAGGAGAAGCAAGCCAAUGAAAUCCGAAAAUUGAGGAGGGAAUUGAUCGAGGCUCAGGACAAAGUGCAUACGCUCACAAGCCAACUAUCCACAAAUGCCCAUGUUGUGUCUGCAUUUGAGCAGUCUCUGGCCAACAUGACGCAGAGAUUGCAGCAAAUGAUUGCUAGUUCAGAGAAAAAGGAUAUGGAGUUGCAAGAGCUGAGAGGAACCCUUGAGAUGCUCCGGCAGCAGAGUAUGGACCCUGGAGUGCCCAAUGGUCAAAUCGAACCCGAAAAAUCAUCUCCGAUGCACCGUCAACUGUCGAUAGACUCGGUUUCCAGUCUCUCGUCGGCGUGCAGUGGUGCUUCUUCUGGCAGAAGAGUGGCCUUGAACAAGAAAACAAAGAAGGGCUGGCUGAGGAGCUCAUUCAGCAAAGCCUUUUCUCGCAACAAGAAAGAUCAGCUGGGCCAAUUGUCGCUCUCAGACAUCGAGGAUGGCAAAAACGAACUCAAUCCCAGCGAAUUGUCGGCCCCGGCUUCACCAAUGCUCUUCUCCCAGAAGCACCACCACCACCACCACCAUCAACACAAUGUUGAGUCUUCAAACAAUAGCGAGGCUGAUGAUGAAGAACACCCACUCAACGGAUCUCCAUCUGCCAUUUACAGCCAAGCUGAUGGUUCGGGCACAAACGUGGUUCAGGAACUGCAACGGCAGCUCCGAGAAAAAGACCUCGUGCUGACUGACAUUCGGUUAGAAGCACUCAGCUCUGCCCACCAACUGGAAUCUCUGAAAGACACUGUCCACAAAAUGAGGGGCGAGAUGCUGAGUUUGAAGCAGGACAAUGAGAGACUGCAGCGGAUUGUGACCAGCAAAUCGCUCACUUCAUCACAGUCUUCCCUUCCGCUGCAGGACAACAAUCCAGAACACUUUGCUCUGUCGGAAAAUGCCUCGCCAACUGCAACAGAAUUUAAUCCCGUGUACGGAGACGCACAAGGGACGAAAGUGCGCGUGACCGUGAUCACCAGCGGAAAACACGUGUGCAGUCCGACUACGGCGGAGCCGGAGGAGCUGGAGGGCGCGACCGAGUGCCUGAUCGCCACCAUCUGCGUCGGGCCCAAGAUGCCGUGGGAGGUGCUGGACUCGCUGGUGCAAAAGGCCUUUGUCGAGUACCUCUCGUGGCUGGACCCUGCCAGCAGCCUUGGUCUUCAAGCAGAGUCGCUCUUCGGCUACCACUUUGGCGAGGUGCAGCGGCUGUGCGGCGGACACUCGUCAAUGCCGGACCUGCUGCCCUGCGGAUACCUGGUCGGCGACGACGUGGCCAUCAGGGUGUGCGUCAAGGCCGCCCAGCACGCGGCCAGCAUGGACGCCCUCACUUUUGAAACGCUCAUUCCAAAGGCUUGGAUCCAAAGGUACAUCAACAUGCUCAGCGAACACCGAAGGAUAAUUUUCUGCGGCCCAAGUGGAACUGGGAAGAGUUUCCUUGCCAACAAAUUAGCACAAUAUUUGGUUCAGCGAGAAGGAAAAGAAGCCACUCCAGAAGCCAUUGCUUCCUUCAACGUGGACCACAAAAGCAGCAAGGAGCUGAAGCAGUACCUGGCCAACAUCUCGGAGCAGUGCGAGAACAACGCGGCCGCCGAUCUCCCCUCGGUGAUCAUCCUGGACAACUUGCACAACGUGUCGAGCAUGUCGGACAUGUUCAACGGCUUCCUGAGCGCGCGCUUCCCACACUCGCCGUACAUCAUCGGCACGAUGAACCAGACGACGUGCUCGUCGACCAACCUGCAGCUGCACCACAACUUCCGGUGGGUGCUGUGCGCCAACCACUUGGAGCCGGUCAAGGGGCUGCUCGCCAGGUUCCUCAAGCGCCGCCUGCUCGACCUGCAGAUCAAGAGUGGCGUCCAGAAUUCGGAACUGUGCAACAUCUUUGAUUGGAUUCCAAGGGUGUGGCACAACCUGAACAAAUUCCUGGAGAUGCACAGCUCAAGCGACGUGACCAUCGGGCCUCGCCUGUUCCUCUUGUGCCCGGUGGAGGUGGCCGGCUCGCAGGUGUGGUUCACUGACCUGUGGAACUACUCCGUGGUGCCCUACCUGCUGGAGGCGGUGCGCGAGGGCCUCCAGCUGUACGGCCGGCGCGGUCCCUGGGAGGACCCCACGCGUUUCAUCACUCAGACCUACCCUUGGAGCAGCGACGCCGUCCAGGGCGGGCCUGACGCACUCAUCAAAUUGAGACCUGAAGAUGUUGGAUACGAGACGCAGAAUCCCACCACACAAACCUCCUCAUCGCCGCCUGGAACUGCACAGUCGACUUCUAACAGUGGAGGAGAAGCUGAUCCACUUUUGAACAUGCUGAUGCGGCUGCAAGAAGCCGCCAACUAUUCUAGUCCACACAGUGACUUGGAGCUGUCGGUGGACGCCGCUGGCGAGAAGACGAGCCACCGAGAAACCAGCGUCAUUGUCCUCGACGAGCACGACUAACACACCCCCGUUUCGAGACCGCCUUCGUUUAUUUUGAUUAGAUAAAUGGAACUAAAUACUUAAUGGCAAAAUCACCAUUGUACGUAAACUGAAUUUUUUGGAUGAUUAUUUUCAGCGUUAUAUGUGAUAAGAUUUUGCUUAUAUAUUUAUUAUUAUCAUAUGUAUUUUGUGUGCGAGAGAAAAAAUUGAUAACACUUCAUCUGGUCUAAAUAUCCCUAAAAUGGAUGUAAAUAUUGUUUAUAUACAUUUCGUGACUCAACCGUGAUGCCUAAUUUUGUGACAAAUUAUUAAAUGAAAUCGUGGCCAUUCUUUGGACAGCCAUACAUUUGUAGAGCAUUUUGUACAUUUUUCUAAUCCUCGUCACCCUCAUUAUAUGUUAUUGGAAUAAAUGAAUUGGCCUUUACGUCGUCGUGCAACUUAAAUAAUGAAUGUGAACACUUUAAACGGAAAUUCGCAUAUUAUGGAAGAAGUCACAAUGGCCUUUUUUGUAGGUUCAAUAAUUUUGUUGAAUCCACCACUGUUGAUGGCUUGUAUUGAAAAUAAAAACAGAACUAACCAACCUGAAAUGGAUAUAUAUAAAGAAA